AUGGUUACCCCUGUCGUUCAGCGCAUUUCAGAAUGCUUCGUCAAACCACCUUAUUUAAACCAAGUGUCAAACCAAAUAUGCAAUUUAACACCUUGGGAUAUUACCAUGUUAUCUAUGCACUAUAUCCAGAAGGGUCUAGUCUUCAAGAAGCCUGUAACCCUUGUUGAUCAACAUCAUUUCAUGCAAAAUUUGUUGGAAAAGCUCAAACACUCACUUUCUCUCACCCUCUCCCAUUUCUAUCCAUUAGCUGGCCACCUUGUCACCCACAAAACCCAAAACCCUCCUUCAUAUGCUAUUUUCGUUGAUUGCAACAACAGUGAUGGAGCUAGAUUCAUUUAUGCAACUCUGGAUAUGACCAUAGCUGAUAUCCUCUCCCCAGUUGACGUCCCACCCAUUGUUCACUCAUUCUUUGACCACCACAGAGCAGUCAACUAUGAUGGUCACACCAUGCCGUUGUUGUCCAUCCAAGUCACUGAACUAGUUGAUGGUGUUUUCAUCGGUUGUUCCAUGAAUCACGCUGUCGGUGACGGCACUUCGUAUUGGAAUUUCUUCAAUACAUGGUCUCAGAUCUUCCAUGCUCAACCCCAAGCCAAUGAAUAUGAGGUUCCCGUUCUACACCAACCUGUCCACAACCGCUGGUUUCCAAACGACUGCAGUCCACCAAUCAAUCUUCCUUUCAAACAUCAUCACGAGUUUAUCAGCAGAUUUGAAGCGCCCUUGCUGAGAGAGAGAUUCUUUCACUUUUCAGCAGACUCUAUAGCAAAACUAAAAGCAAGGGCAAACUCAGAGGCCAACAGUGAUACCUCAAAAGUCUCUUCAUUCCAGUCAUUAUCAGCACUUGUGUGGAGAUCCAUAACUCGUGCAUGCUCUUUACCACAUGGACAAAAAACAAUUUGCAGGUUAGCUGCAAACAAUCGAUCAAGAAUGGAACCGCCUCUGUCUCAUGAGUACUUUGGAAACUCAAUUCAAAAGCUGAGUGCAGAAACAACAGUAGGUGAAUUACUUGAAAAUGAUCUAGGAUGGGCUGCAUGGAAGUUGCACCUGUCUGUUAAAAGGCACAAUGACAAAGUGGUGUUGCAAUCACUCAAAGAGUGGUUACAAUCUCCGCUCAUCUACCAACUUGGUCAGCCCAUGAACCAGUACGUUGUGAUGAUAAGUAGCUCACCCAGGUUCAAUAUGUACGAGAAUGAGUUUGGAAUGGAAAAAGCAGUGGCAAUUAGAAGUGGCUAUGCCAACAAAUUUGAUGGGAAGGUGAUAUCAUAUCCAGGUCGUGAAGGAGGGGGCAGCAUUGAGUUGGAAGUGUGCCUUUUACCACAUAUAAUGUGCGCUCUGGAAUCAGACGGGGAGUUUAUGGAUGCAGUUUCGGUUUCCAAUCCCUUGUACUAG